AGGCUGGGUGUGAGUUGGUACAGCUGCAGUUCUGCACGGAUCACCAUGGACCGAACCGCAGUCAGAAUAACCCUGUUUACCUCCCUGCUCCUCUGCGCUGCGUCCGGCCAGGCCGGAAAGGAACAAGAUGUUGAUAUCUACAGCUUCCACAUCAACUCCACCGUCACCAGCCGCUACGCCAUCACAGUCAUCACCAGCCGAGUGGCAAACCGACUCAACGAAUCUAAAGAAAUCCAUUUUGAGGUCAAAAUUCCCAAGAACGCCUUCAUUAGCAAAUUCAGAAUGACUAUAGAGGAGAAGACGUAUGAUGGAGUGGUGAAAAAGAAGGAAGAAGCUCAGCAGCAGUACAGUGAUGCAGUAUCUCGAGGAGAAAGUGCUGGAAUGAUCAGUUCAGUGGGUCGGACUCUGGAGGAGUUUAAAACCUCAGUGACGGUCGCGGCUCUCAGUAAAGUCACCUUUGAACUCACCUAUGAGGAGCUGCUGCAGCGACGCCACGGAAAAUAUGAUCUACUGAUCAACGCUCAGCCCAUGCAGCCUGUAGCAGAUUUUAAGAUUGACGUCUACAUUCACGAGAGUCCAGGAAUUUCCUUCCUAGAGGUAAAAGGAGGACUGAACACCAAAGAUCUGACCAACGCUGUGACCACCACACGAUCUGUUAAAGAGGCCUGGGUGAACUUCUAUCCCACUCGUGAUCAGCAGACCAGCUGUGACGUCUGUGGGAAACAGGGAAUGAAUGGAGAUCUGAUCAUCACGUACGACGUGGAGAGACCGAAGCCCAGUGGAGAACUGAGGGCAUCAGACGGCUAUUUCGUGCACUACUUCGCACCUACGGACGUUGAGCGCAUCCCGAAGAACGUGGUGUUCGUAAUCGACCGCAGCGGCUCCAUGAGUGGGAAGAAGAUUCAGCAGACUCGUGAAGCUCUGCUGAAGAUCCUGGGGGAUGUUGCUGAGGACGAUUACUUCGGCCUGAUCACUUUUGACAGUAAAAUAGAAGUCUGGAGACCUGAACUCGUCCAGGCCACAGACAGCAACCUGAAAUCUGCAAAGAACUUCGUAAAGAAGAUUACAGAUCGAGGAGCCACUGACAUAAAUUCUGCAGUUCUGAAGGGGGUGGAGAUGCUCAACAAACACCAACGAGAAGGCUCCGCCUCCAUCCUCAUUCUGUUGACUGAUGGAGCCCCGAAUGAAGGCGAAAGCGAUCCAGCCAGGAUUCGAGUCAAUGUGAAAGAGGCCAUCGGGGGGAAGUUUCCUCUGUACUCUCUGGGCUUUGGAUUUGAUGUUAACUAUGAUUUCCUGGAGAAGAUGGCUCUGGAGAACAGUGGACUCGCUCGCAGGAUCUACGAGGACUCGGACGCUUCUGACCAACUACAGGGUUUCUAUAAGGAGGUCGCCACCCCUCUCUUAUCCGACCUUGAGCUCCUCUAUGAGGGAGCGUCGAACCUCACCGAGACUGCUUACAGUAUGUACUACAACGGCUCUGAGAUCAUAGUCGCCGGAGAAAUCACAAACAACAGCCUGGAGAGUUUCAAAGUGGAGGUCGUUGCAUUUUCGAGAAGUAAUAAAGUGACGUAUGAGGAGGAUGUGUCUCUAAAAGCUCUACCUGAUGUUGAGCCUCAACAUGAAAACUUUACCCGGCGAGUCUGGGCUUACCUUAAAGUCAAACAGCUACUGAAAAAAGAAUUGACUCUUACAGGGGAAGAAAAAGAAAAAGCCAAGAAAGAAGCUCUGGAUCUCUCUCUUCAGUACAGUUUUGUGACUCCACUGACGUCUAUGGUGGUCACCAAACCCCAGAAAUCAGACACACAGAUCGCCCACAAACCUGAAGAGAGAGGAGUCAGAGGAGAAAGAGGAAGAGUGGGAUAUGGACAAGCAUUUUCACCAGGAGGAUAUGGAACAGUAGGAGCAGGAUAUGGAGGAGCAGCAGGAUUAGGAGCAGCAGGAGGAUAUGGAGGAGCAGGAGGAGGAUAUGGAGGAGCAGUAGCAGGAUAUGGAGGAGCAGGAGGAGGAUAUGGAGGAGCAGGAGCAGGAUAUGGAGGAGUAGGAGGAGGAUAUGCAACAGUAGGAGCAGGAUAUGGAGGAGCAGCAGGAUUAGGAGCAGCAGGAGGAUAUGGAGGAGCAGGAGGAGGAUAUGGAGGAGCAGGAGCAGGAUAUGGAGGAGCAGGAGCAGGAUAUGGAGGAGUAGGAGGAGGAUAUGCAACAGUAGGAGGAGGAUAUGGAGGAGUAGGAGGAGGAUAUGGAGGAAUAGGAGCAGGACAUGGAGAAGUAGGAGGGGGAUAUGGAAAAGUAGGAGCAGGAUAUGGAGGAGUAGGAUAUGGAACAGUAGGGGCAGGAUAUGGAGGAGUAGGAGGAGGACAUGGAACAGUAGGAGUAGGAAGAGCGGGAGCAGCAUAUGGAACAGUAGGGGCAGGAUAUGGAACAGUAGGGGCAGGAUAUGGAACAGUAGGAGCAGGAAGAGCGGGAGCAGCAUAUGGAACAGUAGGGGCAGGAUAUGGAACAGUAGGGGCAGGAGGAGGAUAUGGAGGAGUAGAAGGAGGAUAUGGAAGAGUAGGAGCAGGAGUAGGAGGAGUAGGUGGAGGAGGAGGACUUGGAGGAGUAGGAGCAGGAGGAGUAGGAGGAGGAUAUGGAGGAGUAGGAGCGGGAUAUGGAGGAGUAGAAGGAGGAUAUGGAGGAGUAGGAGCAGGAGUAGGAGGAGUAGGAUAUGGAGGAGUAGGAGCGGGAUAUGGAGGAGUAGAAGGAGGAUAUGGAGGAGUAGGAGCAGGAGUAGGAGGAGCAGGAUAUGGAGGAGCGGGAUAUGGAGGAGUAGGAGCAGGAGUAGGAGGAGCAGGAGGAGGAUAUGGAGGAGUAGGAGCAGGAGUAGGAGGAGCAGGAUAUGGAGGAGUAGGAGGAGUAGCAGGAGGAGGAUAUGGAGGAGUAGGAGGAGGAGGAAGAGUAGAAUAUGGAGGAGGAGCAGGAGGAGGAGUAGGUGCAGGAGUAGGAGGAGUAGGAGGAGGAGCAUUUGGAGGAGGAAGAGUAGAAUAUGGAGGAGGAGCAGGAGUAGGAUAUGGAGCACUUUCACCAGUGUUAACUGGACAACAAGGACCACCUGGACAGCCAGGAUCUUAUGGACACCCAGGGUUUUCUGCAUACCCAGGAGGAGGAAGAGUACCAUAUGGACAAGCAGUACACGUAGUACCAUAUGGAGGAGGAGGAGGAAGAGUACAAUAUGGACAAGCAGUACCAAUGGUACCAUAUGGAGGAGGUGGAGGAAGCAGAUUACGAUACACCAUAAGAGGACCACCUCGAGAGCCAGGGUUUUUUUUUUCACCCCCAGUGCUUUCUGCAUCCCCAGAUUACGGUUAUGAUGAUUAUGAUAGUCCACCUCAACCAAUGCCGACUAGGAUCAGCAGCAUUUUGUGGAACCCACCCCCUAAAGCUGCAGUGAAGUCCGUGAGGUUUUUAUCCUCCUCUAGUGGUCAGUCUAAGCCUCUCUGCUACGACGUUCCUUCAGCUUCCAAACUCCUACUUCUGAAGGACCUCUCUUCAGGAUUCUCUAUGAGCGGUGAGCUGACCCAAUCCGGGACGGGUUUCGAUCAAAUUGCACUUCAUUAUAAAACGGAUCAUCACCUGAGCGUCAGCACCGCUGAUAUCAACUUCUCUGAUGGUCAGAAAGCGUUCAGGCUCGUUUGGGGACAGGUACCCACCGUGCAUCAGGCAGACGGUGUGUCGGUGAUUCUGAGGGACAGUGAACUGGACGUCACUUUGGGAGGAGUGCGUGUUGUGAUUCUCCUUCAUAAGGAAGGUGGAAAUGUGUUUCUCUGGCCGGCUGUUCGUCAACAACCCAAGCAUGGCAGCUUACAGGGCAUUCUGGCAAAAACCAGCCUGCAGUAUGAGGAGCUGCCUGGAUUUAUAAUCAAAAUCAGUGAUCAGGAAGAGGCUGCAUCCUUGAGCACCGCUAAAGACUACAGACUCUCUUCAGCCCCGAUUGUUGGAUGCUGGCUGGUACGGCUGCAAUUUGCUCUGCAGGGAGAGCUCUCUGACUUCACUGUGGCUCAGCUUUAGAGAAAACAUCCUUUUUUCCAGAGAGUGAAGAAAGAGAAAAGAAUCAGUUUUGGUUGAAAAUAAAAUGCUUUAAUGUUAGAAGCUGGAAAGCAAUGCUGGUAUAAACUGUAGAAAGAGACGUGUGAGUAGUGCUGCUUUACGCUUAAUGUUUGAACUGGUGAUCUCUCUGUGAUGGAUGACGUAAAUUACAGUAAACUUUAAAUUAGAGCUGAACCACAAAUUAUAUUAGAGUAGUAAUUGGUCAAGAUGUUUGUGGAUAAGGUUGGUAACGUGUGAAUGAACAAAGUUUAAUGUAACAAUAAAAAAUGAAAUGGCAAAAUCUCAAAA